AAUUGAGCCAUUUCUUUGCUUUUUCUUCACAACCCAUUAGGGCAUUUUCCUUGGAUUCUCUUCUUAAUUAAGCUCAGUGGUGGUUCAACAAUGGGGGAAGCUGCUGAUUUCACACACUCAAAGAAGCACAGCCUUCUUCUUCAUGAGCAUGAGGAGAAGCACUUCAUGUCCAGUGAUGUUGUUCGCGACAUCAUUAUGGGUGUCUCCGAUGGCCUCACCGUCCCCUUUGCCCUCGCAGCGGGACUUUCCGGUGCCGAUGUUACCUCCAGCAUCAUCCUCAUCGCCGGAAUUGCUGAAGUUGCUGCCGGAGCUAUCUCCAUGGGACUUGGCGGAUAUCUGGCAGCUAAGAGUGAAGCGGAUCAUUACACGACAGAAUUGAAGAGGGAAGAAGAAGAGGUGAUUGCAGCUCCAGACAUAGAGGCUGCUGAGGUGGCAGAUAUAUUGUCACAGUAUGGGGUUGAAGCCCAUGAGUAUGGGCCUGUUGUUGCUGCUCUUAGAAGGAACCCUCAAGCAUGGGUUGAUUUCAUGAUGAAGUUUGAGUUGGGGUUGGAAAAGCCAGACCCAAAGAGGGCAGUAACANAUAUAUGA